UUUAAAAAGAAUACAUUUUUAUGUGCCCUCCUACUGAUCCAUGAGUUUUGCGAUGGGAGGAUGGUCUGACUUUCCGGAGACCCGGACCAGAGUCCCUGCAGGGUCCAGACCCAAGUGACCAGCAUGCCCCCGAACUGGGCCGACCUCCCCCAGAACUGCAGCUGGGCGGAGCGCCUCAACUCCACCUGGACUUUCCCCGACCCGCCGCCGCUCAACUACUACACCCUCCCCCUCCUGGGCGCCAUCACGGCCACGUGCACGCUGCUGUUCGCGGUGGGCGUGGCCGGCAACGUGAUGACCAUCCUGGUGGUGGGCAGGUACCGGGACAUGCGCACCACCACCAACCUCUACCUGUGCAGCAUGGCCGUGUCCGACCUGCUUAUCUUCCUCUGCAUGCCGCUGGACCUCUACCGCAUGUGGCGCUACCGACCUUGGCGCCUGGGGGAUGCGCUGUGCAAGCUCUUCCAGUUCGUGUCCGAGUCCAGCACCUACUCCACCAUCCUGAGCAUCACCGCCCUCUCCGUGGAAAGGUACGUGGCCAUCUGCUUCCCGCUGCGCGCCAAGGCCCUGGUGACCAAGCGGCGGGUGCGCGGCCUCAUCCUCCUCCUGUGGAUCGUGUCGCUAAUGAGCGCCGGGCCCGUCUUCAUCUUGGUGGGCGUGGAGCGGGACGAGGCGGACUUCCGUGUCAACAACACCCGAGUCCCGCUGGAGGACGACACCCGCGAGUGCAGAAUGACGCACUACGCCGUGGAGUCGGGCCUGAUGGGCGCCAUGGUCUGGCUGAGCUCCGUCUUCUUCUUCGCGCCCGUCUUCUGUCUCACGGUUCUCUACAGCCUGAUUGGACGCCGCCUGUGGCGCCGCCACAGGGAGACAAACAUCGGCCCGCGGGGGACUCACAGGGACAGGAGCAACCGGCAGACCAUCAAGAUGCUGGUGGUGGUGGUGGCGGCAUUUGUCCUGUGCUGGCUACCUUUCCACAUGUGUCGCUACCUACAAUUCCGCUCUUUGGACGCACCCUCUCCACUGCUGUCCGCCUUGUCCGAGCACUGCAGCUUGGUGUCGGUGGUCCUCUUCUACCUGAGCGCCGCCAUCAACCCCAUCCUCUACAACACCAUGUCCUGGAAGUACCGGGGAGCAGCGGCUCGCCUCUUCGGCCUUGUUGACCACCAGCGGCCGCGGGCGCGUACAACCAGCACCUUGAAGGCUGACAGAUGGACAGAGUCUACCAUCAGUUUCUAAACUUCGGAAAAAAACUAAUUUCAAUUAACUUUUAUUGUACAUGAUUUAUUUCCUGGAUGAGAAAAAAGCACAGUAGAUUGUGUGUCUAUGGUCUACACCAGGGGGGUUCCAACUUUUUUACACUGUCAUGUAUUUGGUCCUGGGAACCCGGAAUGGUCUCAGUCCUCAAACACACAGUGAAUAAAACACACUGGUCAAUCCAAAGUUAUAUGUUGAGUAAGAAGGACCACCGAGACGGAAUAGAAAUAUUACCAAGUUUUACUAAAGCUUUAGGAGAACAACCCUUACAAUGCGCUAAUAGCAGCAUCAAGAAGCGGUCUGAAAAUCAAACGGAAAGAGUCAGCUUAUUUGGUACAAAAACUGCCCCUCCUGCCCAGAAAGAAAUACAGCCUGGUUGUUCUAAAGCGGGGGUCGGCAACCCGCGGCUCUAGAGCCGCAUGCUCUUUAGCUCCGCCCUAGUAGCUCUCUGUAGCUUUUUCAAAAAUUUAUGAAAAAUGGAAAAAAAUUAGGGAAAAAAAAAACAUUUUUUGUUUUAAUAUGGUUUCUGCAGGAGGACAAACAUGACACACACCUCACUAAUUGAUAUAAAGCACACUGUUUGUACUUAACAUGCUUCACUGAUUCCAGUAUUUGGCGAGCGCCGUUUUGUCCUACUAAUUUUGGCGGUCCUUGAUCCCACCGUAGUUUGUUUACAUGUAUAACUUUCUCCGACAUUCUAAGAUGUGUGUUAUGCCACUUCUUUUUCGGUCUCAUUUUUUCCACCAAACUUUUAACGCUGUGUGUGAAUGCACAAAGGUGAGUUUUGUUGAUGUUAUUGACUCGUGUGGAGUGCUAAUCAGACAUAUUUGGUCACUGCAUGAUAGCAAGCUAAUCGAUGCUAACAUGCUGUUUUGGCUAGCUGUAUAUACAUAUUCCAUCAUUAUGCCUCAUUUGUUGGUAUAUAUGAGCUCAUUUGGUUUCCUUUAAGUAGUCUUAAUUCAAUUUAUAUCUCAUGACACACUAUCUGUAUGUAAUCCAUCCCAUCCAUUUUCUACCGCUUGUCCCUUUUGGGGUAUGUAUAUAAUAUGGCUUUCAAUUUUUUGCGGCUCCAGACGGAUUUGUUUUUGUAUUUUAGGUCCAAUAUGGCACUUUCAACAUUUUGGGUUGCCGAACCCUGUUCUAAAGGAAUGGUCUCAGUCAUAAAAUAUGGUUAAAUAAGUCUAUAUGUUAUUUUCUUUCAACGCAUAUAUAAUUCUUGAUCAACUUCAAAUCUAUCAGUCAAUGUCUUUUUUUUCUCUGCCUUUUUCGUCAAAGAAAACCCUAUUCUUUUGUGGCAAAAACAAAAAAUAUGCAAUAUUUCCAAGUGGAAUAUUUGACGUGAAGUAAUUGGAGCCCUAAAAAGGUCAACAAUUCAUAAAAACAUAAAUUUUGAUUCAUUUUUUUUUUUUAGCAAUGACAAAUUUAUGAAAAAAUAGCCUGCAUGGCAGCUUUUUGUUAUUAGAGUUGAUAACGUUGCAACUUUUUAUUGUUCACAUUUCACCUAUUUUCUCUUUUAUUUCACAUUAGUAUUUUUAGAAUUUCAUAAAAGCGUAGGUUUAAACCAAUUACCGUAUGAAAAGAAUGUUAAAAAUAAAAUACAUCUUCAUUACUGAGUCUAUUAGCUGGACGUGAAUAGAUUGUUGGAAUAGUCAUAUUUGUUCCAAAGGGACAAAUGUUGGGAAUAUAAAGGAAAUUUGUGUUGUCAAUCCAUCAACAUUUUAUGUGUAAAACAAAUACAAGAAAAAGCGACUCACCUCCCCCCGCAGGUAUUAGCUACAGUAUAUUGUCCCGAUUGAAAAAAUCUUUAUUUUAAAAAGUAAACGAGACACAAUGGAUUUGUCUUCGUCUAGUAUUUUUCAACAUACAAGUUAUUUCACGCUCGCCAUGAGCCCGGCCGCUGAUCCCGUCAGCAUCGAUUCCGUCAAAUCAAGCUGCGUACGGACUGAUUUAUUGAACUGCAUUGUGCUGAGCAGCCAGGACAAACGUCCAUUUUCCUACGGCAAAAUGACUUCCACUUCCUGUUCUAUUGCUGUCAUCACAAUAUGAAUUGCGGUGGGAUUGCAAAACUGUACAAGUUCAAGGAUGUUUGUCCCGCCGUACUUUGUGUUGUCAACAUGCUGUGAAUUAAACGUCAGGAAUGACAUCAUUUAUUGAAGUGAACAUCAAUAAGUUUGCAUUGACGAUGUUGUUUAUGUGAGCGUCUCUGGUGUACUUUGUGAUUAUGAAUAUUAGCAAACAACAAUAAAGACAUUGUUCAAAAUGCAGCAAUAUUGUGACUGUAAAGGCAGAAUUGUCCAUGUAUUGGAUCUAGGUGGCGUGUUUAUGCUGGCUGUAGCAUGUACAUAUUCUACUUGCAUUAA